UGUCGCAGCCCGGAAGAUCUAGAGCCGAUGCGUCGUCGGCCUCUCCCCUUGCCUGUGGUGUGUUCCUUGUCCUUCUUCUCCCUGGUUCGGGGAGGGAAAGGGGCAGGUCACCUCACCAGCGGCGAGUAUGAUCACGCCCACCACAGGCAUGAUAUGUGCCAUCGUUACGCGAAUGCGUUGGCUGUUGGCUAGUUGAUCGCUGGCCGUUCAUCGGGACGCGCUGCCUCCCCCCUCCCCGUUUCGUGGGGCCGUUGAAGUAUGUCGUCCGCAGCAGCAGCAGCAGCCGCCGCCGCCGCCGCCGCCGCCGCCGCCGGGGCCGCCCUGGAUGUGGGUGGGUUCUCCACGCGCUAUGGCCCAGCCAAUCCGCUGGCCCCACCGCUGCUGCAUUUCUGUACCUCAACCGAGGCCCUGGGUGGGCGGGGGUUCCCGGGCUCCGGUGACGGGCCGUUUGAUUUGGCCCCUCCGCCGGCGGGCCUUGACGUGUCACCCUUCUCCGCGGGGAUUGUCACUAACUGGGAAGCAUAUGCGGCUACCUGGCAACACUGCGCCACGGCCCUGGCAUCUGCGGCCCCGUUUCUCCGGACGCAGGCGCUCCUGCCGGCGCACACGGUGGCUCUGCCCUCGCUGCAGCCUCGCCGGGAUCUGGAAUAUCUGGCGCAGAUCGCCUUCGAAGGGCUGGACGUCCCGGUGGCCGCGCUCAUGGGAGUCCCACGGCCCGUGGCCGCUCUCUGGGGCUGUGGUCUGACCGAUGGCCUGGUCAUUGACAUUGGAGCCGAGUGUGUUGAGGUGACCCCGGUGUUGGAUAGCGAGCCAGUUCGCCAUGCAACACGUCGCUCCCCGCUGGCCGGCAAUCUCCUUGACCAGUACAUGCUUUGGCAUCUGAUGCAUGAUAGCGCGAUCCAGGUGUUCCGGCGAGGCGAUCGCGCGGUUGAAGUCACCCAGGCCGGCAGUGAAUCCGCCAGUGGAUCUGAUGUGCCACUGUCUGCCGCCCGCCGGGCCGAGUGGACUCCCUCUUUGGGCGACGCGCGCCGGGCCAAAGAGCAGGUCAUUCGAGCCUUCACUGGGGGCCUGCCCACGUCGCAGCUCCUGCCGCCGACCGUGUCUCGCACAUCGGGGCCGGGCCGGCAGCUGGCCGUCAACAUUGGCCCCAUCGGCUUCGGGUCGAUCACCUUCGCCUACAGCGGACACGGGUAUGGUGGCGUGUCGCCGGCCGGGCAGCCGCUGGUCGGGGCCCAGGCCACUCCGGUCCUGUCGCCGCCGGUCGGUGGCCUCACGUACCAGCAGGUUCAGCAGCAGCUCCAGCGCAUGUCGGUCGCCGAUGUGUCCCUGUCCUCGGGCUAUCGCGUGGCCAUCCCCCCGGCGGCCGCACACCGGGUAGUUGAGCUUCUCUUCCACCCGGAGACAGUCCCCGCGGACAUCCGCAUCCCCCCGGGAUCCAUCGGUCAUGAGGCUACCGGCAGCCGAGGCGGCAUUGGUGGCAGCGCCGGCAGUGGCGCGACUGGGGCCCCGGCCCCGGCGACCGAGGGCGCAUCCCCGCAAUUUGCCGCCAUCAUGGCCGGCCUCUUUGCUGACUACGCGUCGGGCCCCACGUGCGCGGAGUUCCCCUCCCUGCCGCAGCUUAUCCAAAAUGCCGUGGACGCCCUGCCGACCAUGGACCAGAAGGAGCGUGUCCUCGGCGGGAUAUUCCUUACUGGCGGCGGGUCACUCAUUCCGGGCCUCGCCCAGCGGGUCAUCCACGAUGUCUCGCACCUGCUGCCAUACGUCAAGCAUGCGGCCGUUCUGUCGCCCGAAGACCCCGGUGUCUCGGCAUCCAGCCCCUUGACCGGGUCCUCCUCAAGCAUGGAUCUAGAUGGCGCGAUCGGUUCCCUGGCCGGCGGCGAGCCCGGCAGUGGGGGCUUUUCCUUGCGACUGAUUUGCCCACCGCGCUAUCUGGAGUCCUCCGGACUGCCGGGCCGGGCGGCCGCACUUGCCGAGCUCGGCCUCACGCCCGGGUCACCCACAGUCGAUCCGGCACGCGGAUCUGUCGCCACCCCUCCUGGCGGCCUGGGCGACAAUCACACAGCCACCAGUGACGGAGGGAACACCCUGCUGGAUGCGGCGGCCGCCGCAUCGGCUGCCACGCCGAACGCCCCCUGGUCGGGUCUGGCCACGGUGGCGCGCUUCGUGUGGCCGUCUGCCGGCGGCCCCGCCGCGGCCGGAGCCGCGGCCACAUCCGCCGGGGCCGCCACCUCCACCGGGGCCGGCAGCGCCGAGGAAGCCGCCCAAACGGCGGGACUUUCCUACGAACAGUACCUGGAGUACGGUCCGUCGGCAGUUUAUCGCUUCCUCUGAUCACGCGAAUAAACAUCAUUGCCAAAUGCCCUUCCGACGCGCGGAGAGUCAUGGCCAAAGCACCACACACCCAAUGAGUUGGCAUCCGGGAAUGCCGUUGUCUCGUA